ACCAUGGCAUGCUCCCUGUGGAAACUACACACCUUCUGCUGGUUUAUCAUCACACUAGCUCAAGUACACUCCACACAGGGGUUUAGUCGGGCAGCUCUGCCAUUUGGCUUAGUACGGAGAGAGCUAUCUUGUGAGGGUUACCCCAUCGAUCUGCGGUGUCCAGGAAGUGAUGUCAUAAUGAUUGAAAGUGCAAACUAUGGCCGAACAGAUGACAAGAUCUGCGACGCUGACCCUUUCCAGAUGGAGAACAUCAACUGCUAUCUUCCAGAUGCCUACAAGAUAAUGUCACAAAGAUGCAACAAUCGGACCCAGUGCAUUGUGAUCACGGGUUCUGAUGUCUUCCCUGACCCCUGCCCAGGGACUUACAAGUACCUGGAGGUCCAGUAUGAGUGUGUGCCCUACAUGGAGCAAAAAGUUUUUCUUUGUCCUGGGACUCUGAAAGCUGUCGGUGAUCCUUCCUUUCUAUUUGAAGCGGAGCAACAAGCUGGUGCCUGGUGCAAAGACCCACUGCAAGCUGGCGACAAAAUCUAUUUUAUGCCUUGGACUCCUUAUAGGACAGACACUCUCAUUGAGUAUUCCUCCCUCGAUGACUUCCAAAAUGCCCGACAAACCGUCACCUACAAGCUGCCCCACCGGGUGGAUGGGACUGGAUUCGUAGUCUACGACGGGGCUGUGUUUUUCAACAAGGAGCGUACCCGCAACAUUGUGAAGUUUGACCUGCGAACUCGAAUCAAAAGUGGGGAAGCAAUCAUCAAUAAUGCCAACUACCACGACACCUCGCCCUACAAGUGGGGUGGUAAAACCGACAUUGACCUGGCCGUAGAUGAGAACGGGCUGUGGGUGAUCUACGCCACAGAGCAGAACAAUGGCAUGAUGGUAAUCAGCCAGUUGAACCCCUACACGCUACGUUUUGAGGCUACCUGGGACACGGCCUAUGAUAAGCGCUCGGCCUCCAAUGCCUUCAUGGUCUGUGGAGUACUGUAUGUGGUCCGCUCCACCUAUGAAGACAAUGAGAGUGAAGUCAGCAAGAGCCUGAUCGAUUACAUUUACAAUACCAAACAGAACCGUGGGGAAUAUGUUGAUAUCCACUUUCCCAACCAGUACCAGUACAUUGCAGCUGUGGAUUACAAUCCGCGAGAUAACCAGCUCUAUGUGUGGAAUAAUUUUUACAUCCUGAGAUAUAAUCUGGUGUUCGGUCCUCCUGAUCCAGCUCAUGCUCCGCCACUGUCAGAAGCCACUGUGUCCCCUCAGCCUCUGAGAACUACAACCACCACCACAACAACCACAGUGCACUGGGGUGUGGCCAACACUACCACCACAACAGGGCUCAAGGAGGGCAACAAGGGAGCACCCAAGCCACCUCCUGUGAUUCCAAUGACUACUUCCCCUCCGCCCCUGGAGUCCUUCCCUUUACCCGAGCGCUUCUGCGAGGCCAUUGAGAGAAGAGAUAUAAUGUGGCCUCAGACCCAGAGGGGCAUGCUUGUAGAGCGACCUUGCCCCAAGGGAACACGAGGCACAGCCUCUUAUUUAUGUGUCCUUUCCACUGGGGCUUGGCACCCGAAGGGCCCUGAUCUCAGCAACUGUACAUCCCACUGGGUCAACCAAGUAGCCCAGAAGAUCCGCAGUGGUGAAAAUGCAGCUAACCUGGCCAACGAGUUAGCCAAGCACACCAAAGGACCCAUCUUUGCCGGGGACGUCAGCUCCUCGGUACGUCUGAUGGAGCAGCUGGUGGACAUCCUGGAUGCUCAGCUGCAGGAGCUCAGACCCAGUGAAAAGGAUUCUGCAGGACGAAGCUUCAACAAGCUUCAAAAACGAGAAAGGACAUGCAGGGCAUACAUGAAGGCCAUUGUGGACACGGUAGAUAACCUUCUGCGACCAGAGGCUUUAAAGUCUUGGCAAGACAUGAACAGCACAGAGCAAACACACGCCGCCACCAUGUUACUAGAUACUUUGGAGGAAGGGGCCUUUGUCCUUGCCGACAACCUCAUGGAACCUGCCAUUGUCAAAGUUCCUGCAGACAAUAUUAUCCUGGAUGUGUAUGUAUUCAGCACGGAUGGCCAGGUCCAGGAUUUUAAAUUUCCACAAUCCAGCAAGGGCGGUAUCUCAAUCCAGCUCUCGGCCAAUACCGUCAAGCUCAACAGUCGGAAUGGAGUUGCCAAGCUGGUGUUUGUGCUUUACAAAAACCUAGGUCAAUUUCUCAGUACAGAAAAUGCCACCAUCAAGAUGGCCAAUGAGGCUUACGGCCGUAACGUGUCAGUGGCCGUCAAUUCUGACAUCAUCGCUGCCUCGAUCAACAAAGAAUCCAGCCGUGUGUUCAUUAAUGACCCGGUGAUUUUUACCCUGGAGCACAUUGAUAUGGAGAACUACUUCAACUCCAAUUGCUCCUUCUGGAAUUACUCUGAGAGGAGUAUGAUGGGCUACUGGUCCACCCAAGGCUGCAAACUCCUGGACUCCAAUAAAACACACACCACCUGCUCCUGCAGCCAUCUCACCAACUUUGCCAUCCUUAUGGCGCACCGUGAAAUCUCAGUUAACGACAGAGUGCACGAGCUGCUCCUGACUGUCAUCACUCGUGUUGGGAUUGUGGUGUCCCUCGUCUGCCUCACUAUCAGUAUCUUCACUUUCUGCUUCUUCCGGGGCCUCCAGAGCGAUCGCAACACCAUCCACAAGAACUUGUGCAUCAAUCUCUUCAUUGCCGAGUUAAUAUUCUUAAUUGGUAUCGAUAUGACGGAACCUAGGAUUGGAUGCGCCAUCAUUGCGGGGAUCCUUCAUUUCUUCUUCCUGGCUUCCUUCUCCUGGAUGUGUCUUGAGGGGGUCCAGCUGUACCUCAUGCUUGUGGAGGUCUUUGAAAGUGAAUACUCGCGCAAAAAAUACUACUACGUGUCUGGUUAUCUCUUUCCUGCCAUUGUGGUCGGCGUCUCCGCAGCUAUUGACUACAGGAGCUACGGGACCAAGAAAGCGUGCUGGCUAAGUGUGGAUAAUCAUUUCAUAUGGAGUUUUAUAGGACCUGUCACCUUUAUCAUCAUGCUCAAUCUCAUCUUCCUGGUCAUCACAAUGUACAAAAUGGUGAAGCACUCUACCACCCUGAAACCAGACUCUAGCCGAAUGGAGAAUAUAAAAUCCUGGGUCAUGGGUGCCUUUGCUCUACUGUGUCUGCUGGGUCUGACGUGGUCCUUUGGCCUCUUCUUCAUCAACGAAGCCUCGAUUGUCAUGGCGUACCUCUUCACCAUUUUCAACACCUUCCAAGGAAUGUUUAUCUUCAUCUUCCAUUGCCUUCUCCAGAAAAAAGUCCGCAAAGAGUACAGCAAGUGCUUCCGCCACACGUACUGCUGCGGAGGGCUGCCAACUGAGAGCUCACACGGUUCUGCAAAGACUUCCACCACACGGACCAGUGCACGCUACUCCUCUGGUACACAGAGUCGUAUCAGGAGAAUGUGGAAUGACACCGUAAGAAAGCAAUCUGAGUCCUCCUUUAUCUCAGGUGACAUCAACAGCACCUCAACCCUUAACCAAGGAAUGACCGGGAAUUAUCUACUAACAAAUCCUCUUCUUCGACCACAAGGCACUAACAACCCUUAUAACACCUUACUGGCUGAGACAGUCGUAUGUAACACCCCCACGGCUCCAGUGUUUAACUCGCCAGUGACCUACAGAGAGACAAGGCACUCACUGAACAAUGCGGUGAGGGAUACAAGUGCAAUGGAUACUCUACCGCUAAAUGGUAACUUUAACAAUAGCUACUCGCUCCGCAAUGGGGACUUUGGCGACAGUGUGCAGGUAGUAGACUGUGGCCUCAGUCUGGACGAUGCUGCCUUCGAGAAAAUGAUAAUCUCUGAGCUAGUACACAACAACCUGCGUGCCUGUAACAAAAGCCACCACGCGGAGCGGGCUCCGCCCAAGGUGACAAUGGUAGGUGGCAGCAGCAGUGAAGAUGACGCUAUCGUAGCAGACGCUUCCUCUUUGGUGCACAUGGGUGACACAGUGGGCCUCGAGCUGCACCAUCAGCAGGAGCUAGAGGCACCGCUCAUCCCCCAGCGGACUCACUCGCUUCUGUACGCACCCCAGAAGAAAGUGAGGACCGAUGGGGGAGUUGAUACCUUUGUCAGCCAGCUGACACCCACCAACCCUAAUGAUAGUCUGCAGUCGCCAAACAGAGACUCCUUGUACACUAGUAUGCCUAAUCUGAGGGACUCUCCAUUGCCCGAGAGCAGCCCCGAUGUGGUGGAGGACCUGUCCCCCUCCAAGAGGAGCGAGAAUGAGGACGUUUACUACAAGAGCAUGCCUAACUUAGGAGCUGGCCAUCAGCUCCAGGCCUAUUACCAGAUAGGCCGAGGGAACAGUGAUGGUUACAUUAUUCCUAUUACUAAAGAGGGCUGCAUCCCUGAAGGCGAUGUGCGGGAAGGACAGAUGCAGUUAGUCACAAGCCUUUAAAUGUAUUUAAAUCAUCCCCAAACCUCUUCCUGCUCUUUUGCAGCCAUGACCUCUUGGAGGACACACUAGUGAAAGGAAAGGAAGUCUUUGUUUUAUUUUUGAAGAGAGCCUAGAAGCCCCAUCAUACACACUAGCCAUUUACAAACCUCCCCUCCCCCAUCUGCAUUGCCAUCUCCUUUACCCCCAAACAUGCCACUCCUUCUACCUUCCCCACAGACCAACAGACUUGGUGCACAGCAAUGGCAGUGCAACGUUUUAAUGAGACUGUACAUAAAAUGCAGAGUCAAAUUUCAAUUUUAAGAGACAAGCCAACUAUGUAUUUAAAUGUGCUGCUGCUGUUGAAUAAUUGAGAACAAUUUAAGGUACGAAAAUAAUGAAAAAAAGAAAAAAAAGAAAAAAAAAGAAACAUUACUGGCUACAUCAGAUCAGCAAUUUCCCAGUCAAAAGGUUGUACAUACACUCCCCGACAUCCUUGUUGAAGCCUGUUUUUUUUUAUUGUGAACAAAACAAUACCCCUAGACCAGGACAUGGACUCCAUUUGUAAAAUGUUCCUGUGCAGACUGUUUGAAAAGGAAUAUAAGGUCCUGGUCACUCUCCAUCACCAUGAAGUUUGGAUUGUAUUACCACUAGCAAUCAAGCCCCUGGCCUUAUAUUUUCUCAACUGUACAUUGAACUGUUGUCAAGGAAAAUGGCUAAAAUAUAUAUUUUGUUGUAUUGCUAGUGUAAAAUAAAAAUUAAUGGGAAACCGUAAAUAUGAAGAAACCUUUUAAUUGCAAAAUUUAACGUUUGAGAGACUAUUGUGUAGAAGUUGCACAUAUGUUAUACAGUGUCUUUAUGGUUCCAGCACUUCAUUCAUGGUAGUUAGUUUGAAUGUAAAGGCUCAUGAAAAGAAAGGAGGAUUCGACAAAUUACAAAGAUUAAUUAUCACAUUUUCCACCUGUGAACAGUGUUUUUGCUUAAUGAGUUCCAUUGAUAUCGCCCAUAGAAAUAUGUUUAUUUGAUUUUGCCACAGUGGCAUUACUUAGUAGAAUGGGAAUGCAAAAACCCAGUUAAAGUGAUUUAUGCAUUGCACAGUUUUUUUGUGUAAUUCUGAAUGAAAUAGAUCUUUUUAACAGUCAUGGCAGGGUCAGGGCGAUGGGCAAAUGCAACUGAAAUUAAACCAACUUUUGACAAUAAAGUUUCUAUCAUAAAUGUAGUUCUUCCGCCUGGGUUUGGACAUUUUAUUUAUUAAAAUCUUUCCAAAAAAUAAAUGGGAAAUGUGUGAAUAUUUUCCAGCACUGGUAUACAUGCUGUACUGUAGCUCAUGUUUUUUAUGUAAACAUGUUACCAAGGGGCUCAUCACUUAAGACUGAUGUAAAGUUCAACACUUGUUUAACAAAUGAAAUAAAUGUGAGAUUUUUUGUCAAAUGCCAGUUGCUUUUUAAUGGUUUGUGUUUUUGGUACUAUUUGGGAAAAACGCUUUAAUUGUUUUGGUAUGGACAAAAUACACUUUUGACUCAGGUUAUAAAGUAAGUCCCGAGCACCUUAAAAGGUAAUUUGGUGAAUUUGUUUUCUAUGGGAUUUAUUUGCUUUUUUGUUCUGCUUUUUCUUCAAUCACUGCAGUGUAGAGAGCUCAUUUCACCGUAUGUGUUAGAGAAGCCAAAUCUUUCCAUGUGAUUCAAAGAUGAGAAACUCAGGUAGGAAAAUUGCAUUGUAAAUGUUCCUCUGUGUGGUUGUAACACUA